AGUGCGUUUGCGAAAGAAGCGGCAGAUAUGGUAUUCAGGAAGAGCGAUAUAAAGCAUCUUGUAGAGGGUAUCGAAGAGGGACGAUUGCUGUAUGCUAAUUUAAAGAAAACUAUUGCAUACACAUUGGCUCAUAUGGUUCCAGAACUCUGUGCUGUAGUAUUUACAUUCGCCUUCGGAAUCCCAAUAGGCCUCAGCAGCCUACAGGUAUUGUCAAUUGAUCUAAUAACAGAAAUGCCACCCUCAAUUGCGCUCACUUAUGAAACCCGAGAAAAGGAUAUAAUGUUGAGGGUGCCGAGGAAGAAAACUUCGAAACUGGUCUCACGAGCACUGCUUACUUAUUCGUAUAUUUUUGUGGGCAGUAUUAUAUCGGCUGGAUGUUUCGCUGCUUAUUUAGCCGUUUUUUGUUUUGUAAUUUAUACGCCAGGUGUUCAAGAUUGGCUCGGCGUUACACAUCCGCCAAUAUUCGUUUGGCUGUUCUGCUUACCGGUCGGCAUUCUACUUAUAAUUUUCAAUGAGGUAUUGUUGAUAUUUUUGUAG